UAUGUGCAUUCUGUUAUGUUUAGCCUACUGCUAGAGUUGGACCUAGCUAAACUGCGUGCUGUGCGCAACGUGGUAACAGUGCGCGCUCACGCACCCGAUCGCAUGCGCUCCAUCAUCCAGCAUUGAUCUUCUCAUCCACAUCCUCUCAGCCUUUUCUAAUGACCUUCAGUCCCUAGAGCUGCACAUCUCGGUUGUCUUUGUCCGCCUGGUGGCUCCUGCUUUUUUUUUCUUUUGUUUUUUUGGAGCUGCUCUUGCCGCUGCUCUUAUUUUGGAGGAAAACAGAUCGCUGCUGAAAUCCAUGGCGAAAACGAACACGUCAUCCACUGCAGUGACAGGUGAAAAGAUGGCACCACCAUCCAUUACUCUUCUUCCUGACAAGAAAUCGCCGACAAACGGUCACAGCUCUCCUGGUCGGACGGGAAAAACAACUCCAUCUAACGCAGAGAAGAGGCCACACAUGAACGGACAUGCAUCCCCCUCACAUCUAACAAGUAACAAUCAUGGAGGGAAACAAAGUCAGGAAGGCUACAUGAAGACUGACGACAGGAUGCGUUUAGCCAAAGAGAGACGAGAGGAGAGGGAGAGGAGUCUGGCGGCCAGAGAGCAGCUGAUCAGGGAGAAGGAGCGCAGGGCUCAACUGCAGUAUGAGCGCACUGUGGAGGAACGCUGGAAACGGCUGGAGGAGCAGAGGCAGAAAGAGGAGCUCCGGAGAGCAGCAGUGGAGGAGAAGAGGAGGCAGCAGUUCGAGGAGGAGAGGGAGCGGCUUGAGGCCCUCAUGAAACGUUCUCUGGAGAGAAGCCUUCAGCUGGAGCAGAGAACAAAACGCUGGGGAAGGGGUUAUCCUGGAGCAGGUGACUGUGAGAAUGUCCCACUCCCUUUCUCUGCUGCCUCCGCCUUUUCCCAUGGCAUUGCCUCCCCCCAUCCUGCUGUCAGCGGAUCUGCACCCUGCAGCCCUCACAGGUCACCUUUCUGCAACGCACUCAAUGCUGCAGCUCCCAACAGAGCUGGACUUCAGGGAGGCUCCCAGUCCACUCCCAGUACCCCCAAGAAAGAGCGUCUGCGUCGAGACAGAAGAACUGCUUCCCCGGUUUGUGGAUCCCCUGUGCGAAGACCUGAAUCCCCAGCAAGUGUCACUAGGCAGCUGACCUUUCCCUCUGCCUCCAGCAGAUUAGCGUCUAAGACCCGUACCCAGUCUCCCAGCAGUUCUCCUCAGUAUCACCGUUCUCCAACCAGAUGUCACCCUAACCAGAAUGAUGACAGUAAAGGAGAGGAUAAGAAGCUGGAAAAAAGGGAGGAACAAACCAAAGCUGAGUCAGCAGCAAGAACCAAUGCAGAAACCAAAAACCUAAACUCAUCUUCACAAGGCCAACUUGUUCGGAAUUUGAACAGAGAUACGCAUGAGAAGAAUCAUUCGCCUGACAGAAGGAACCAAAUGUCACCAAGAGCGGAUCCUUCAGAGAGAAGAUUGCAUGUCAACGGGCAGAAUGGAGACAAAGAAGCUGUUGCAAACACACCCACAGGAAAAGUGGGAGCUGGCACGACAAAUGCAGAGGAGGCUACAAGGCUGCUGGCAGAGCGCAGGCGCCAGGCUAGAGCUCAGAAAGAACUGGAGGAGAAGAAACAGGAAAAAGAGCAAGAGGAAAGACUGAGGGAAGAGGAACAGAAGAAGCAGCUUGCUCAGCUGCAACCGGGGCAAAAAGUGAAGGCACAACAAGGGGAGGUGAGACGGAACAAUGUGAUGGACCACCACAGGCUCAAGCUGGAGGAAGACAAAAGAAAGGAAGAGCAACAGCAGGUCCAGAUUGAGGCAGAGACAGAAAAAGAAAAGGUCCAGGCUAAAGAAGAUGCAGAGUGUCAGCGGCAAGGCAGAGAACAGCAGACACAACAGGAAGAGGAAGAGCGGCAACUCAGGAAAAAGAGAAUUGAGGAGAUUAUGAAGAGAACCAGGAAGAGUGAAGCUGACAUGAAGAAAGAGGAGCAGGUGCAGACGUUGCCGGUCUCACCUCCAGGGGAUGUAAUAACCAAAGCUCAUGUCAUCAAGCAGGCAAGCAAAAAGGUUGAGUUUCAGGUAAAAGAGGAGACAAUGAUGCAGGUUGAAACAAAGGAAAGUGUCACCCUCAAGAAAGAGGCAGCAGCAGCACAGAUGGACAGUGAGAAGAGUAAACAAGUUCAAAACAACACUCACCCAGUCACACAGGCACACAGUGUUCCUGAAAAGAGACUUGAGAAAAAACAAACCAGUAUAGAGAAUUGUGGCAGCCAAAUCAGCAAAGAGGCCAGCGCCAGCACAUUCAAGCAGCAGGGAAGAAAGAUGGAGUUGAAUCUGAACACACAGCAUAGAUCCAUUGUUAAAAUCGCCACACAAAUUCUCAAAGAGUCGACUGAACUGACAGGAGACGCUAAAGCAAUGCAAAGACAGGGGAGUGUGAUGAAUGGAGCAGCGAAGGGUGAAGGAAGUGCCUUAAAAUUCAGCCAUCCGACCUCUGAAGGAAGCAAACAGCAAAGUAAUGUAUCAAUCUCAGCUGAGGAAAAGGCUAAAAGGGGGUCUGACGAUGGAGUUGGUAGAUCCUCUUUGAUGAUGGUACCGUUGGUCCAUUUAUCACCACCAGUCAUCAAGCUGGAGCCAAUAGAUGUGAAAAGAACUGAAUCCUGUGAUGAUGUGCAAUCGAUGGAUGUUAGCCCAGCUUCGAAGGAGGAACUAAUAUCCAUCCCUGAGUGUUCUCCAGAUAAUGAAAUCGAACAGGGCUUCAUGAGCCACAACCAGGCUCUUAAGGACUUGAUGGACCUGACAGGGAGUGUCACACACACAAAGCUCCCUUCUGAGAGCACCGUAGGUGACUGCAACAAGAACCUGAUACGAGGGGUUGUGAGUCCAAUGACAGAUUCAAAGCUCAUAGGGGUAGCACCCCCAUCCUCAAACAAGCUAAGCGUUUAGUUGUCUGUUUAACUCUUCGUCUUCUGCUUGUGUCCACUUUCUUCUAUGACUUUACAACCUGUGUGAUUGUAGCUACAGGAAUCGAGCCAUAGCGACUCACUGAAAAAUGCCUACUGUAAGCUAAUAAUGGAGCUUGUGAAUUUAUCUGUGAAUGAUUUCUUUUUUGAUUUAAAAGACAAAAAUAUGUAGGCUGACUCAAAAGUGCUUGUAUACAUGACGAAGUGGAAAACAACCAAAAAAAAUUUAAAUAUCAGGGUUCUAGAUAGAAUAGAAACUAGAAAACACAGGUUUCCUUUCUUGCAUUAGCUUGUUACAAAUUGCACAGAUUUCUCAUAAACCUGAUACAAUAUUGAAUUAUUAAGAAUUACUAUUCUUGUUGCAUUUCAAACUCUUCCAUCUUCCUGAAUGUUUAGAUUAUAUUCACUGACUUGGUGGAGGAAUGUGCUGUGUCAAGUUGUGUUUUUCAUGCAUGUAUUAAUGAAUGAAAGUAUGAACGUUAGACUCCACCCAAACUGGUAGAACCAUUCUCUUCUUCACCCUAGAAAACCUUAUCAUGGGACUGUUAACUUUUGAAGUAAUUCCCCUAAGUGCAUGUUGCACCACUUUUCAAACAAUAGCACAUUAAUAUUUUUUUUCUAGGUGAAAAGGGUGAAUUUAUGAUGGUACAAUAAUCAAGCUAGGCACUCUUUAUUCACGAAUUUUUAAAAAAGCAGAGAAAAAAUUUGACAGCUGAGAAAACUUCAUGUUACUUUAAAGGCAAUGUGUAGCAGCAACUUGCUUUGUCAGAUACAGAUUUGGUAAAUGUUUCAUGCAGAAUCAAAAGACUGGCUUUGGACUGACACUGCCCAGUGCAAGAACAAUAAAAAUUCUGCUUCAGCAAAAACCUGUUUGAGCAGGUUGUGAAAUAAUAAACCACAGCAGGUAUUAUAUUCCAUGUUUGGAACGGAAGUUUUAAAAAAACAUGCCUUAACAAGAAGUGACAGGUUCAUGUUAUUAUUCUUUGUUUGUUUGAUUUUUUUUUUUAGUAAGUGUGUGCAGCAUUCUUGGAAAUAGACUUUAGGCUCUUGAGCUAUUUAAACUUCUUGAACACAAAAAUUACAAGGUGGUAUUACCCAGGUGAAAACAUAUAUAGCAUAGCCAUUGCAUUUGCGCUGUUUUGCACAUUAAAUUAUCGUCUCAUAAACAUGUGUAUUCUGACUACUAAUUAAAACAUGGAGGUAGAAAAGUACUAUUUGCAGGUCUGCUCAUAUACCAUAACUCAAUUGUAUCACUGUCAGCUUACAUUAUGCAAACACUGUAGGACUUGUUUAUGCAUGGUUAGCAUGGUCAUCACUAUGUAAUCCAGUAGGAAUCUAAAUAAAAACAAAUAAAGAGUAACAAUAGGAAUUUUGAGUUUCUGUGUGUGUUAAUGUGAGAUUUCCUC